UCGUUUCAAUUGGGUGAGAAACCGGCGCCCGAGGCUGCGUUUUAAUUAAGUAGUUAAAAAUUGUGCGGAGAAACAGCUUUGAUUGAGAGCGAAGCAAACUUACGUGCCUAAGCUUAAGCUUUACCCCAGUUGAUUUUCAGAAAACGGUUUAACAUGGCGCCUAGCGAUCGUGAGUCAGUGGGUUCGCCACUUGUUUUUAUCAUCUCUGUGGGUGCGAUUCAGAUUUUGGGAAUUUUGGCCAUGGUGCUUACUGGCAUAUGGAUGGGAAAAUAUCUUGGUGGAUUUGCUUGGGAUGGGUCAGCUCAAGAAUUUAACUACCAUCCUCUAUGUAUGAUUAUCAGUAUGGUGUUUUUAUACAGCGAAGCUAUGAUCGUGUACCGAGUGUUUCGCCAUGAGAACAAACUCCUCAUCAAGCUUGUUCACUUUGGUCUCCAGCUGGUAGCCUUUGUAAUUGCUGUUUUGGGUCUAAAGGCUGUGUUUGACUUUCAUAACCAUAAAGGAAUUCCUAAUCUGUACAGCCUUCACAGCUGGUGUGGAUUGUUAACCAUAAUUCUAUUCUCCUGUCAGCUUCUCUUUGGAUUUGUUAGCUUUCUUUUCCCCAAGCUCCCCGAGGGUCUUCGUGCCGUAUAUCUCAAAGUACAUGUGUUCUUUGGUGUGUUUAUUUUCAUGAUGGCCAUUGGGACUGCACUCUUGGGAAUCAAUGAGAAGCUUUUUUUCACCAAAAAAUAUCCCUCAUUUCUUGCUGAUGCACAACUAGGCAAUGUGCUGGGUGUCACACUCAUCGUUUUAGCCGGCAUGGUCGUGUUCGUGGUGACAAACUCUGCAUUCAAGAGGGUCAACGCUGGUGAAGAACAUGUGUCCUUGAUGAAUGAGAAAUAAUUUAAUUUAAUUUUUAUUUUAGAGUGGAGUCUUGCUAUCUUGAAUCAUCUGUAUGAUGCAUGAGCCGAGUUAGGGAUUAAAAAGUGAUGAAAGCAUAACUUCUUCUCACAAUUUCAACACAUUAGCCAGGCAACUAAAAGCAAUAAGAAUAAAUAAAUAGAUCAGCUUAAGGCUGUUCACUUGUUACAUAACUAAAGUUUCUGACUUUGUUUACAAAGAGAUGCAUGUAUAGCAGUCAGAAGGGAUAAUUCAUAAUCAUGAUCAGAUAAUGGAAGACUUGAGUUCACACAUGAAAUGUGGCCUAGCUUCUGUGUGUAAUGAGAAAAAGUUGUAGAUACUGGUAUUUAGGGCUUCAGAUAUUUAGACUCCACUGGUGUGAAUUAAAAUGUUUACUUGAAGGACUGUUUCAGAGUAGAAAGGAGACUGGAGAACAUUUUCAUUUUAUUUCUGUGCUGAGUUUCAGAUAUAAUCAGUAAACUACUCAUAAAAGUAAAGUGCAAACAGAAUAUUCAG